UCCAUCUUAUACUGAUGACCAGUGGACAAGAUCUGAAGCAUCUACAUUUAUCUCAAUCAGAGUCUGCAGCAACAGAUUUGACAUCUUAUAGCAACUCUGCAGGAUGCCGUUUCAGGAACUCAAGUCAUGGUCUUGUUGUCAACUGUGCUCAUCUAGGAUUGAGUGAUGUUCCAAAGGAUUUGACAGAAGAAGUGUCUGUUCUUGACAUGUCCUUUAAUAAUCUGACAGUUUUCUGGAACGAUUCCUUACAGCAUGUGCCUCAUCUUGUUACUCUCAAUGUGAUAAGGAAUCCACUGUACUUGAUUGAGAGUAUGGCACUAUGGCCACUGACAGAGCUACAGAAUCUCAUAUUGUCCUAUGGAAACUUAAAGACCUUGUCUCCCCUUCUCUUUGUAAAAAAUAAUCAUCUUACAAAAGUGCGUCUGAAUAAUAAUAAACUCAUCAUUGUUCCAUGUGAUGCACUUGCAGUUCUACCAAGACUUAGAGGGGUAGAGAUACAACAUAACAGAAUACAAAAGCUCAACUUUGAUACCUGCUCCAAAUGGCCUACCCUGUCUAAAAUUGAUGUUUCCUAUAAUGAGGUGGUUGAACUUCAGCAGGAGGACUUUCUACCCUUACAAAACAAGACUUUAUCAUACUUGUUCCUGAGUAACAAUAAGAUAAAACGGUUACCAGCGAGAGUCUUUUGUCAUUUGAAAUCAGUGCUAACUAUGAGAAUUGAAUCAAAUUUCUUCAGCUCAUUUGAUAUUCAACCGUUUUCAGGUAUGGACUUUAUUGACAAACUUUCAGUAAGAGCUGGUAAGAUCAGGCAGCUUCUACCACCUGAUGAUCAAACAUAUGAACACUAUCCAUCAAUCUUAAAUCUUGACAUGUCAUCAAACUUUAUAAGCAAUGUUCCUCCAGCUUCAUUUUGGGGAUUUUCCAAGCUUAAAGUUCUUCACUUGAGUAGAAACAGAAUCUCAAGCAUAACGAGAGAGUCUUUCUGUCAUCUGCAAUCACUACUGGAACUUGACAUAUCAUUUAAUAGAAUAGCAUCUUUGCCACAAAAAACCUUUGCUUGCAUGCCCGGUUUGAAAAAAUUAAACAUGUCAAAUAAUCUUUUACAGGCCAUCUUUCCAGACUCCUUUAAUGACAUGCCAUCAAUCCAGGAGGUAUACCUGACGCAUAACUCAAUUAAAGAUCUUAAUAGUAAAAGACAACCAUGGAAUCUUGAAACUCUCCAUUCACUUGAUAUAUCCUCUAAUGUUAUCACUACCAUUGGCAACGAAAUAUUCAUCGGCCUUAUAAAUCUAAAGGAAUUAAACUUAUCUCACAAUCAGAUCGCAGUGUAUUUUAGCACUACUGCAUUUAAAGAUCUUGCGAAGUUAGAAAGACUAUAUCUCAAAUAUGAAAAGUCAACGUUCUUAGCGGGAACUUUCACAAAUCUGAAUUCAUUGCUUGUUUUAGAUUUGUCAAAUACUCCUAUUAAAGUAUCAGAAAAUUCAAUUGAGCAAUUCAGAAACUUGACACAACUACAGGAACUUCAGAUGGAGACUGCACAAAUGAAAGACAUUGACUUAUAUGAUAAUAGAAAAAAUCAGUCGUUAUUUGCUGGGCUUUGCUCUUUACGAUUACUGAGGCUUACGAACAAUCAUCUUCAAAACCUAGAAAGCAGGGUUUUCCAGAACUUAUCUAAACUUCACUUUCUUGAUAUGUCCAACUCCAAAAUAAUCGUGUUAAGCUCUGGAAUAUUUGAAUCUCUCUCCUCCCUCCAAACAUUAUUCCUUGGGGGUAACCAACUACAGAAGAUUCCUGAAGACAUGUUCAAUAGUCUUUAUCAUCUAACUGUGAUUAGUAUCCGUGAUAACAACCUCCAAGACCUGGAUACAAAUAGUUUUGCCCAGAACCCUAGACUAAAUGAUCUCCAUCUAGCUGGAAAUCAAAUCACCAACAUCAAACCAGAAACUGUAUUUCCAAUGAAUACUUCUUUCAAUCUGGAUCUUUCUAGGAAUCCCAUUAUAUGUUCUUGCUCUUUGCAAUGGUUCAGGAGGUGGCUGGAAUCCAACAAUAUUGAGCUCAAACAUGCAAAUCAAACAAAGUGCUCUGAGACAUCUUUAAAUGGUCUUGCUGGUCAGCCAAUCUUGUCAUUUCAUCCAGAAGACCACUGUGGUAUCAACAUUGUUCCCAUUGUGGUCCUCUCUUUCUCAGGUGUUCUAAUUGGUAUGAUUGUUGUUCUUGCCUACACUAAACGAUGGUGGUUAAAUCAUAAAUUCUUCCUCCUCAAACUCGCCGUCGUGGGAUACAAUGAAAUGGCAGAAGAAUUUAACGAUGUUAACUACUAUCACCAUCUGAACAUCAUGUUCCAGGAAUCUGAGCAGGAAUGGGUUGAUCAGGUUAUGAAACCUGGCCUAGAAGAGAGGAUGCCACACCUACAGAACAUAAUCUUUGGAGAUGUAGACCUUCACCUAGGUAUGUACUACAUUAAUGCAAUCUUUGAUGCUCUUGACAAUAGCUUCAAGACAGUCUUGUUGCUAAGCAAUGAGUCAAUCAACGAUGCCUGGACUAUGACAAAGCUCCGCAUGGCCCUAGAGCAUAUCAACGAUACAGGACUUGACAAGAUCAUCCUGAUCUUCGUUGAGGACAUCGAAGAUGAGAACAUGCCAUAUCUUGUCAGGUUGUUCUUGAGCAGGAACAAACCUUACAUGUUGUGGACGGAUGAUGAAGAUGGUCAGGAAUUAUUUUGGGCUCAGUUUGGAAAGAGCAUGAGGGCGAAUAAGGCUAUCAACAAUGCCAUCCCUUUCUGAAUGAUGGUUAUAACAUGUAUGAUUGCAAUUAAGCCAUUGAUUUCUCAAUUCUGUGUGUUUCAAAGGUUUUGUACAUUGACCACCUGGUUGCAAGAGGCAAUGACUCAACAAACACCAGAACACAAACUUUCUUUCAAAAUUUGAGAGUGGCAACGGAAAGAGAAACCAAUAUCUUGCAGUCAAUUUCAAACAAUUAAAUGCUUUUCAUUUUGUAUUUUGAACACACUAGGACAAGCACAUCCA